UAUACUUUACAUCAGCCUAAAUUAAAUAUUGCCAUUUAUCCAUAGGCCUACAUGGAAAUCUGUCAAGUCAUAGGCUUGCUGUAUUGCCAUUACAUUUAAAAAGACGAGAUACCACCACGUUGUUUAGCGGAAAUCUUAAUUUGGAUGCUUCAUUAUGGUUUAAAUGAGCUAAUCAUUCCCUGCACAUGACUACAAAUAUAUUCUCGUCUAACUGAAUUCGGUAACUCGAAGUAGUCAGGGAUCAUUGUCAGUUCCCAAUUAGUAAACGUGAAAGCUGAAGUGAACUAUUCUGACGCGGGACUGUCACGUUUCCCAUUUUCCCCAGAGGCCAGGAACGCAGCAGGAGAGGAGACGGCUGCUCACUAGUUAGCUGCUCAGAGACUGCGCCAAGAUGCAACUGGCGUUAAGUAAAACAUUUGGCCAGAAGCCCAUUAAAUUUCAAUUAGAACAAGAUGGGGACUUUUACAUGGUUGGAUCAGAGGUUGGAAACUACCUGCGUAUGUUCAGAGGUUCUCUGUAUAAAAGAUACCCAUCUUUAUGGAGGAGGCUGGCCUCAGUGGAGGAGAGGAAGAAAAUUGUAGCAUCAUCACAUGCCACCAGUGUUACUUUGCUGAAGGCCUCAGAGUGUGAAGAGAUCUUCGAGGGUAAUGAUGAGAAAUACAAGGCGGUGUCCAUCAGCACAGAACCCCCAGCUUACCUCAGGGAGCAGAAGGCGAAGAGGAGCAGUCAGUGGGUUCCCACACUGCCCAACAGCUCUCACCACCUGGACGCCGUGCCUUGCUCCACCACCAUCAACCGCAACCGAAUGGGCCGUGACAAGAAGAGGACGUUUCCCCUGUGCUUUGACGAUCACGACCCCGCAGUGAUCCAUGAGAAUGCGUCCCAGGUAGAGGUGUUGGUUCCCAUCCGUCUGGACAUGGAGAUAGAUGGCCAGAAGCUCCGAGAUGCCUUCACAUGGAACAUGAACGAAAAGCUGAUGACCCCGGAGAUGUUUGCGGAGAUUUUGUGCGAUGACCUGGACCUGAAUCCCCUGGCCUUCGUCCCGGCCAUUGCCUCAGCCAUUCGUCAACAGAUUGAGUCCUACCCCACUGACAGCAUACUUGACGAACAGACAGACCAGCGAGUCAUCAUCAAGCUCAACAUCCACGUGGGGAACAUCUCUCUGGUGGACCAGUUCGAGUGGGACAUGUCAGAGAGGGAAAACUCCCCCGAGACCUUUGCCUUGAAGCUGUGCUCUGAGCUGGGCCUUGGAGGAGAGUUUGUCACGACUAUCGCCUACAGCAUCCGAGGUCAGCUCAGCUGGCAUCAGAGGACGUAUGCCUUCAGUGAGAACCCACUACCCACAGUAGAGAUCGCCAUCCGCAACACAGGCGAUGCAGACCAGUGGUGCCCCCUGCUGGAAACCCUCACCGAUGCCGAAAUGGAGAAGAAGAUAAGAGACCAAGACAGGAACACCAGACGCAUGAGACGGCUGGCCAACACCGCUCCAUCCUGGUAGGAGGAGGCGUUCAGCUGCAUCAGGGCCUCCGUGGAGCGUUGGUGACGCCUCCCUGCAGAUUUCCGUUAUUAUCAAAUAAGCAAGGAACUAAACACACCUACAGACAGAUGAUCCAAGAAGGGUUCAUGAAGCACCGAGACAUUCCUGUAAGCAUGAAACACUGACACACAUGUGAUGAUCGGUCUCCGAGCACUUCAUCAGACCUGCCUUUGAACACACACACACACAAACACACACGCAGGCAUUCCACUGGUUAAAAAAAUCUCCCAUCAUCUUACUUAAGUUUGCCUUUGGGACAUAAGUCACAAUAUUUAAUCCACAAGUCACUCCUAGCUAGUGUUUUUCUUUUAAGGAGGUUUAUCUGUUGUCUGUUACAGAUUGUCAAACCAAACCAUGUUAAUCUGCAAUGUGCGUGUAACACUUGUGUGUGAAAAUGCUCGACGUUGCGGUGGAUUAAGUUGAAGGUAAUUGAGCAGGGUGUAUGAUUUGUUUGUGAAAUGACACCCUGGGGUUUGUGACAUGACACUGACCUGAGCCCUCCAGACAGCGUUCCUGUUACCUCGGGCCGUCUGGUGUUUGGUCUUGUUUACUCCACGACCCAAAGAGUUUUCUCUCAUCCAGAGUGAACACGUCCAUAAUAUCUAGUACAAAAUUGUCAGCUUAAAUUAGCUACUGUAUUUUGAGUCAACUGUGAUUGAAUCCUGCCCUGAUCAUCAUCAGUGGCCAGUUUUUAAAACAUUUAAACUGGAUUGGAAUGUAGAAUGGUCUGGAUUAUCAAAUCCCCCAUUUUCUGAUUAAGGAGCAAAAUGAAUGGAAUUGAUUUUGACCCAGUUUCUCCAAACAUUUUCACGCUGGAUAAUGAUCAUCCAGAUAUCGCAAGAUCAUGAUUUCCAAAUUUGGCUUUGGAGUGCUUUCAAUAUGCCUCUAAAUGGCCAUGUAUCUUAUUUACUAAAAAGACAAAUUAUUAAUAAAAUACCUUUUUAAAAAAGAGACAGGUUUCUUCUGUCCACCAUCUUCAAAGCUACAGUAUAAAAUACAAUAUACUGUGUAUCUGGACACAACAGCAACAUGUGCAUUAGAGAUACAGCUAACAGUUAUUUUUAGUAUUGAUUAAUAUGUUGAUUAUUUUCUCGAUUAAUCGAUUAGUUGUUUGGUCAAAGGUGAUGUUCUCAAAUGCCCACAACCCAAUGAUAGUUUACUGUCAUAGAGGACUAAAGAGACCAGAAUAUUAUUAUUCACAUUCUAAUAUUCACAUUUGAGAAGAUGGAGCAUGAGAAUUUGGAAACGGUCGUCUUAAAAAUUAUUCAAAAAGAUUAAUUAUCAAAAUAGUUGGUGAUUCAGUUAACAGUUUGCAACUAAUCAAUUAUUCAACUCGGUGUCACUCAAAUGUUCAUAUCUUUUUUAAUAAUAGCAUUUAUAAAGAUCACUUUAAAGUAAACAUUCACUGAUAAAAUGCAGUCGUUGUUUACUAACUGAUAAUAAGAUCAAGUAGUUGUUUUUAGGUCAGUAAAUUAUGAAAGUGUUUAAAUCAGCACAGGUUCAUUUUCUCUCUAUACCUUGAGACUGUAAGUCAUUUUUGUAAAACUGUGCCUUCAUUUUGUCAGUCUACUCUGAAUCCACUCCCCUAGCUGGGAUCAAAAUGAUCCUGAUUUUUAGCAUUAAUUUAAUACAGGUUUUUUUGCCUUUAGUUUCGAAGAAUACAAAAACAGCAUGUUAUCUGGAUUAAAUGGGAUUGGAUUAAAAAAAAUCCAGGUCCAAAGAAAGAGAUCAGAAAACUUAGAUCAGAAAUAUAAUCUGCUUUGGAGGGAAAAAAAAUGAUGACUUAAUCUAGACAAAUCACUUUUAUCCAGGAGGUUAGGUUUUGAAAGACCAGCUCCUGGUGCUGCUCUGUGACAUUUUUCAGAGGCCGACCAACGGACUUGGGAAUAAAAAUGUCAUUUACUGAGUGAGGACGUCCCAGUGACGCAGUGUUAGGGACAUGCAGUGAGUAUAGGAAUCACUGUUUUUUUUUUCUUCUCUGAUUUAAGGUCAUUAUGUUGGUGAUUUAAAUUUAUGCCUUUUUAAGUAUUUAAGGUGUCAAAUGCGAAUUACAUGUUCAUUCACCAGUAUAAGUUCAUAUUUUUUAAUAAGUCUUAACCUUCGCUGCUGCUUCAGUAUCCAUCUGUUAAAGGUUAGUUACUGGUUACUAAAAAAAAGUGUUUUGGUAGCAUAUAGCAAUAGAGUAAAACAGAUUAUUGCAUCAAAUAGCAGGUGAUGGAGGACAAACUGAAAGCAGAUUUAAGAUUUGUUUAAGAUUUUAAACAGAAUAAAUAUUUGUUUUGCUGUCCUGAGGAUGAUGUGUGACAUAUCCCUGGAUGACCACGGCCCCCUGAUAAGCUAUUUCACCAACCUCCCCUGGUAACUCUAAUGUUGUCCGAGGGCUACACACACGCGCACACACACACACACACACACACACACACACACAUACGCGGGCCCAGAUCUACUAAAAGUUUGCACUAGCGCAAAUGAAAUAGUGGGUUCAAGUAUUAGCAAUUAGCCUCUCUGUAAUUCUUUCACCUCUUAUCUUUGAAGCUGCUCAAUUCUAACGAGUUAUGUGCACCUGUUCUCGUUUGCAUGAUCAACCUGCGCCUCAUGUUGCAGCCGUUUUAGAAGAUCCGGGCCUAUACAUGUUACUAAGAGCCUUGUCUGGCAGAAAGAAAAAAAAAACAACAUGCCGACGAAAACCAAUCGUGUCUUUCUAAGUAAUGAUAUUCAA